UUAGUAGCGUUGGAAAUGUUACGGUUAACGGUGGUGAAAACGUCACAACACUGGAAAAAGACAUUAUUACGGAAUAUGAAAAGCUAACGGCCAAUGUCGACAGAGAUGUUGGUGACGGAAAUAAUGCCUUUGGUGGGGUCGUGAAUAGAAUUGGCGAUGAUAAUGCGGACGAAAUUGGUAAUAACACCGAGAGACGAAAUACGAAUCGGCCGAUUUUUUAG